AUGUUCAUCGGAAGGAAAUAAGAUUUGAUGAAUGUUCGAAAUGAUAAUACCUUAGGUGGAAAAACGACAGAAAUGAGUAUUUGGAACUUUUGGAUACCCUUCUUUGCAUUCACUUCAUCAGAAUUGAUGGGUGGAAAUCCCAUUGUGUUUCCUUUAGAUUCUUCAAAUUAUUCAGAUUGUUUCACAAGAGCACCCCAGAGGUACUACUAUGCAUUUGUGGGAGAUCCCUUUGAAUUGGCAUGUGAACCUGAUUAUCUCACUCAUGACAACUCCAUACACUAUGCGAACGAAUCAUUAUGGUACAAGCAACACAUGGAAGUGGAUUCUGAAAACAUAAGUGGCUGGCGUGAAGUUAUUAAUCAGAGAGGAAAGAACUUUUCACUUUCCUCAAUCAGCACUGCUGAUUCUGGCACUUACCUCUGUUUUCUCAGAAAUACUUGUUUCAAGGUUUAUGUAUUAGUUGUACAGACUCAGAAUGGAACAGACUGUCAAGAUGCUGGAAAUUGUGAAGUUCUCCUAAUUCAGAAUACUGCAAAUAUAAUAACAUGUCCAGGAAUUCAACAUUUCAAUGCCUCAACAAGAUCUCCUGUAAAGUGGUACAAGAAUAAAAAGAUAUUUGAAGAAUAUAUUGAACGAGUAUCUCUCAAGAUAAAAAAUGGACAAAUUAAUCUAAAUAGAAUAUAUGAAUCUGAUGCUGGUAUUUACACAUGUACCUUUAAGUUUGUAGAAAAUAAUAUCAAAUGGGUCGUGAAAAGAACAUUUACAGUAAAAGUUAUAGCUGAUGACACAAGGAGAGCUCCAACUGUUAUUGAUCCUCAUCAAGUAAAAACAAUUGAGGUUGAGCUUGGACAAUCUGUACAGUUAAUGUGCAAAGUUUAUUUUGGUUUCGAAAGAAAAUUUUAUCCCAUGAUCAAAUGGCUAAUAAAUGGCAAAGAUGUGACAGAAAAUAUGAGACUCCAGCAGGGUGAAGUUCAAAAGACUAAUGAUAAUGAAGGAUUCAUUUUAAUUCGGAAAGCCAAUUUGAGUAAAGUCACUGAAGAAGACUUUAGUACUAAUUUCACGUGCUUCUCCCAAAAUUCUCAGGGAAAUUCAUCUGGUGUGCUCAGACUGAAAGAGAAAGAGUUCAACAUCUUUCAAAUCAAAGUAAUAACCAUAUCCAUAUCAUUAAUGUUUGUGACUUUUGUUUGUGGAUGUGUUGGAGUCUAUAAAUUUUGGAUUGAAAUUUGUCUGCUUUACCGACAUUAUUUCUCAAAGGAUGAAACCAUUGGAGAUGGGAAAGAAUUUGAUGCCUUUGUUUCAUAUGCAAACACCUCUUGCUUGGAGGAGGAUGAUGAGAGCAACAAUUACAUCAUUACAGAGGAGAGUUUUGCUCUGGAACUUCUUCCAUCUGUGUUAGAGAAGCAGCAUGGAUAUAAACUGUGCCUUUUUGAGAGGGAUGUACUGCCUGGAGGGGUUUACACAGAAGAUGUUAUUUCAUGUAUAAAAAGAAGCAGGAGGAUAAUAAUAGUCCUCAGCCCAAAUUAUAUUGCACGGAAUGAUUCAAGGAUUUUUGAACUGCACACAGGAGUCAAAGGCAUGCUUGAUAAUUACAAAACUAAGGUGAUUUUGAUAAAAUUCCGCUCUCUAUCUGACAUUGUGGAUCUUCCCGAAAGUGUAAAGAAAGCCAUCACAGUGUUACCGGAGAUAACGUGGAAAGGAAAGAAGUCUUUUCCCCCAUCUUCAAAGUUCUGGAAGAUGCUCAGAUACCAUAUGCCAGUGAAGAAGAAUGAUAUUGUUAAAAAUCAGGUUUUCAGCUGAAACUUGCAGCCUAAUUGACAAACUUGGACCUCACCGCAGUGUACAAAAACUGAAAGCACUGCGGAUGCUGGAAAUCAGAAACAAAAAUGGAACUUGCUGGAAAAACUCAGCAGGUCUGGCAGCAUCUGUGGAGAGAAAUCAGAGUUAACAUGUUAGGUCGAGUGACCCAACUGAAGUUUUUGCCUCACUGUAUGCCUUCUGUAUUUCUAUUUAAUUGUAUUAUUGUAUUUUAUUGUAUUGUAUUGUAUAUCUUGUCAAAUGCAUAUGGAAUACACAAACUCAGUCUUGUUCUUAUUGCAUUAAACAUCACAAUGUCAUUUAUGGCUCAAUAAAGGGUCUGAUAGUGUGAUAGUUAUGUUACUGGCAUAGUACUUCAGAGGGCUGGACUUGAUCUGGUGGUUUUCAAUUCAGAUCUGACCAUCGAUGCCAUGCUAAAAAUCUAGCAUGAAAAACUAUUAUCUGUAACCAUGAACCUGGAUUGUAUUAAACCUUAAUGUCCUUUAAGGAAGGAGAUCAGUUGUCUUCAACUGGACUAUUUAUGACGCCACAUUCACAGCAAUUUGAUUCACCUUUGAUUGCCUUCUGAAGUAGGCAUUCAGUUGUCUUCAAGAAGGCAGUUCAGCACCACCUUCUCAAGGCCAGUUAGAAGUGAGCUAGAAAUGCAGGCCUAGCCAGCAACACCCAUGAGGGAGAGUUUACAAAUUCGGUAGUGUUUGUGCUCCUGAGUCUAAAGAUUGUGGGUUCAGGUUGCACUCCAGACACCUGAGGACCAAACUGUAGCUAGGUUGACACUCCAGUUUAGUUGCUGAGGGAGUUCUACACUGUCAGAUGUGCUGACUUUUGGAUCACAUGAUAAAUUGAAACCUUGUUUGCUCAGUCAGAUGUACCUAAAUACCCCAUAAGGCUCUUUCAAAGAAAAGCCAGGGAGUUAUCCCAGUUUUCCUAGUCAAUGUUUCUCUUUCAAUUGAAAUCAUUAAAACAGGUUGUAUGUUCAAUAUCACAUUGCUGUGUCUCCUGUAUUUGAAAGGUGCAGUUCAAUGCUGUAAAGUGUAUUGGGGUGUCUUGACGUCGUGAAUGGUGCUACAUUGUUUCAAGACUUUCUGUUUAUAGUUUGAGAUGCUGUGGCGACUUUACAUUAGAAUAAGUUAAAAUGAUUUCUGUAUAGUAUUGUUGUAUUCCUGUAUUCAUUCUAAAGUUCCUGUUGUGAUAUUUUGAUUAUGUUCUGUUUUUGAUGAUUUUUUCUUAAAGCACAAAGCAACUUGAUAAAAUAAUAUUGUACAAAGUAAGUAACUUGACCAUUAAAAGGGCAUGGUCUCAGUUGAUUACUUUUUUCCAUUCUUGUGAGAUAGGAAAUGAGACGGAAACAAAUAAAUUACUUUGGUUAACUUA